AAUGAAGCUGAUCCUGUGCUUUGCCAUUAAAUUACAGUACAAACACUUUUGAAUACAGGAAUAUGAGGCACUAUGAACAAUGAAUGGAGUGGAACCAGUAGUGCUAAGUGACACAGUCGAGUUUGACUGUGACAAGUCCCCAUUUAUUGCAGUGGAGUUAAAAGAUUAUCAAACUGCAAGGAAAAUUGUUUCCAGGUCAGUUAUGAUCAAAUAUAUCUUAGAUCCUUUCUCAAUAGGAUGUAGUUAUGAGGAUUUGUUCGCUAAUUUAGAUCAAGAAAAGCUGGUAGAUUCCUUUCUUAUCCAAAAAUCUAUCAAAUUUAAAAUUGAAUCAAUCAAAAAGAAGAUUAAGCCAAAGGAAGCUAAUGAAAUAAUUGGUCCUUAUGGCGAUCUAGCGCCAGAGGAGGUUAUCUUUGAUAUGAAGAAUCCUGAUCAAAUAUACAUGAUAGUCAGUAACCCGAGCACUGAGGAGUAUUAUAUGGGCAUUGAAGUUGCUUGUAUGAGCUGGAAGAAUAAUACGAGUAACUUUUAUGCUAAAUAUGACCUUAAAGCCCGCCCAUAUCUUGGUCCCACAUCCACAAGCCAUGAACUCGCUUUUCUGAUGGCUAAUCAGGCUGAAUUAAAGGAAGGAGAUCUUGUGUUUGAUCCCUUUGUAGGUACAGGAAGUAUUCUAAUUGCAUGAUCUGCUCUCAAAGCAUUCUGAUUCGGUUCAGACAUAGAUCUAAGAGUUCUCCAAGGCUAUUCAGUAGGGAAGAAAGCUAAAAAGGAAAUACCUGGUGCUGAUGUAAUUGAUAGAUAUGAUGUUUUUGCUAACUUUAAGUACUAUGGGCUUCCAAAACCAUCUAUAAUCGCUAUGGAUAUCUCUUAUCCAACAAUGCUUCUCAAUAAAUUUGAUGCCAUAGUCUGUGAUCCUCCGUAUGGAGUCAAAGCUGGGAGUAAGAAAAGCAAGCUGAAAGAGAAAGUAAGUGAGAAGGAGCCCAAAACUAAAAUUAUUAAUGACUCUACAUUUGGAAUGCUUUCAAAGAAAGAAAAUUAUGGUACCAAUGAAAUAUAUCACAAGUUGUUAGAAAUAGCCUCUCUCUUAUUGAAAUUGGGAGGUAGGCUUGUGUUCUUGUUCCACACCGACACAGAAUAUUCAUCAGAGCUAAAUGAGUUCCCAACUCAUCCUUGCUUUGAAUUCGUCCAUUCAUGUGAGAAUCCAUUGAUGAGGAAAAGAUCUCGGCAUUCAAUCAAAAUGGUAAAGAUAUUGGAGCCAGGAGAAGGAGAGUAGAAGGAUAAUUCACUGGCAAGUUUUCAAUAUUG